UGCUUCUUCUAAAAAAUCUAUUCAACAACCCAUUCAAGAACCUAUACAACCUAUUCAACAACCUAUUCAAGAACCUAUUCAACAACCUAUUCAACAGCCUAUUCAAGAACCUAUUCAAGAACCUAUUCAACAACCUAUUCAAGAAUCUACUCAACAAUCUGUUGCUGAAAAGAAUCAUUUAUCCGAACCAAACAGUCCGUUAAACUCAAACGGUCAAUCAAAUAUGUCUCAAAAUGAUCCUUCUCAGGCUGCUCCCGAGACUGCUAAUGCUACCAUUACAACAACUACUGAUCAACCUCAAACCACUACUCCCGUUACAACUAAUGCUACCAUUACAACAACGAAUGAUCAAACUACUGCUUCUGCUUCAACAAAGAUUACUAUUAAUACUCUGUUAAACUCUCCUGAUACUACCCCUAUAUCUUCACCUGUAGAAAUGAUAUCUAAUACUCGUUUGAAUGAUGGUGUCAACUCAAAUAAUAACCAUUUUUCUCCUUAUUCCACUCCUCCUCCUCAACAUAUUACUCUUAAUGAUCAAUUCGAUUUAAAUCCUCCUACUUUUGACGAGGCUUACGCUUCUGACUCUCUUGAUUAUUUCCAAUCCCGUUUUCCUCCUUCGAGUAAUGCUAUUUCUCGAACUCAACAAAAAAUCAACCUUCAACGUGAUUCUUUUCUUGCUGAUGAUGAAAAUUACAUUAUUCAUCCUCAUAAUCAACGUAGAUUAACUAGAGCUAUCGAACGAAUAAAUCGUGAACACGUUGCUAUAUCUUUGUAUAGAAAUCCUAUGAUUGAAAGUUUACAAAGAGUUUUCGCAAAAUACGCUCAAGAUCAUCCUGAAGUUUUGGAUGAUGAUUUUGGUGCUGGUUAUGAAGAUUCAAAAGAAUGGGGCAUUUUAUCGGAUCAUGCAAAAACUGUUGACCAAAUUGGUUCGGCUGUUACUAAUUCUAUUGUAGCCGCUGAUGUUUUAACUACUGAAUCUAUGGCUUUUCGUUCUAUCAAAUAA